AUGGCUGUUGUGGCUGGUGUUAGGCUAGCUAGGGCUGUUGCUGCACCUGAGGUGGUUGAUGUGGGGGCUGAUGCACCUGAGGACAAGGAUGUGAACUAUGUGGCAAAGGCUCUCAAGGAGUACUAUGGUGAAGCUAUGAGCCCUACUCAAGUGUACAAUCACUUAAGAAAGUGGAGGCAGAAGUGGGAUAGGGUUGUGAAGUUGAAGGACCUUAGUGGUGCACUAUUUGAUCAUGAUGUCAAUGCCAUAAUGCUAGAACCUGAGCACUACCUAGGCCACUGCAAGGACCAUCCUAAGGAUGCUAAAUUUCUGAACACCCCAAUCAGGUUCUACACUGAGAUGGAGACCAUAUUUGGUAGUUCUAUGGCCAUUGGUAGGUUUGCCCUAGGUUCUAGUGAGCCACUUAGGGUGAACCAUGUUGACAGUGUUGCUGCUAACAUAGAGGGCCAUGGCUUCACCACUACUGCUGAUGUCAAAGCCAACCCUGAGAUUGGUGAGGGCAGCACGUCUACUGACCUGCUGACUUCCACUGUUGGGGUAAAGAGGAAGAGGGGAAAUUUUAGUGAGGAAGAGAUGCUUAUGAUGACUAACAUGACAGAUGCUAUCAACAAUGUGGCCAGUGGACUUAGAGAGACUGGGCCUGCACAUGUGGAUCCUGACCUCUAUUUUGUAGUCAUGGAGAUGCAGGUCUUUACUGAUGAAGCUCUCAUUGUUGCCUACACCUACCUUCUAAAAAACAAGGCCCUUGACAGGGGUUUUGUGAGCAUGUCAGACAACCAUAGGGACAUUUGGCUGAGGAACUACCUAGCCAAGAACUACUAUAUGUAG